CUGGGAUUGGGGAAGGGGAACGGUGGGUAUGAUGUUAUUGGCGUGGUAAUGGAGAUUGAGGGUGCACGUGAGGAGGAGGGCGAGGAGGAUUGCAUUUUUGGUGUUCGUGGUGGUGAGGUCUGAGUGAGCUACCGUAGGUAUUUUUGAGCUGAGGUGGAUUUAAGGUUGCGUCUGGACCAGUCUUAUCGAGUCUCCUGCAUUGUUGGUCCCCACCACCAACCACGCAACCAUGCUCGUUCCAACACCUUCCCAGCCCCCCCCUUCAAUCGACGUGCUCCUCGAAAUCCUCUCCACCCAACACCACCUUCACGCACGUCUAUCGGUCCUGCGCACGCUCCUGACCGCUCUACAAUCCUCGGCACACCCUCCCACGGGGAAGGCCCUAGUGCAAUCCCUCAAAUUCCGCCUGUUAGCAUCCGACAUCACGCUGUCCCUCCAGCCCUACGCGAACCUAUGUCUCCCACCGACGCUUCCCGCAAAAGCGCCCGUAUCCAGCACCCUCCCUAAUGACGGCAUCAUCGUCCAGAUGCUGGACAUCCACGACAUCAGCUCCUCCCGUAGCGAUGCUCUGGACCGCCUGGAGAUGGCGGAGCGCGGCGAGGUAAUGCGCGGGCGCGAGGUCAUCCGUGUCGUCCCCGGGGAAGAUAAUACCGCCAACGAUACUGGCUCGGGUGAGGCACGCGCGGGAACGAGGAGUAUGCACAAACUACUGCUGGAAGACGCGGCAGGCAGGAGGGUGUGGGGAUUUGAGCUGGAGCCUGUGGUCGGUGUGAAAGUGGGGAUGAAUAUUGGUGCGAAGAUGCUGCUGAGGGGGUGUACGGUUGCGAGGGGCGUCGUGCUGUUGACCGCAGCUACGGCAACGGUGCUGGGGGGAAAAGUGGAGGCCAUGCAGGCUGCUUGGAUGGAGGGCAGGAAGAGGGCUCUAAGGGAGGCGGUAGAGGGACCGACGAAGACGUAGCUGCGGAGGGAGGUGAUUGGGACCAGUGCGUAG